AUGCCUGCUGCGACAACACCAUCCCCUCGGCCUUUGUUGAAGCCACUCCCAUCGCUUUGCAUUUUGCCGAAGUCAGAAUAUGUACACCGGCAUGAGCAAGGUACUCUCAUCGAACAGAAGAACGAGCUAGAAGUCCUGCUCCGCUUCAAUGAGCAGCGAACACUCUUCAAAGCCUGGCCCGUGGCCCCGAUUUCGGUUCUUACUACCUCGUUCCAAGUCUCGUGGCUAGUUCUCGUGGUGAUUCCGAAACAAUCGGAAGGCCUUAUAUUCCCCAACCUUGAGGACAACUUUCAUAUCGAUUUCGAGAGUAGAGUUGAAAUGCCGAAUGGGACAUUCUCCCUGGUAAACCUACCUGCCACCCGCAUUGUUAACCCAUACGAAGAUACAGAUCAUCCCGUCGGUAUGGGAGUAGCAAAUUGUGCAGCCUUCAAGGUCGAUGUUUGCAGAUCAUGGAAAGAUGAGGAUGGUGAGCAAGUGAGUAUUGACUUGAUGGCAACAAAACGAAUUGCUUCUUCUCUCAACGAUUUUGAAAAUAUCUCUCUGGAAGAAACGCAACAGCAGAAUAUUACGAUUGCUUGGGAUACAUACUCAAAUACUUUCGAAGCUGAGCUCGCAGCCUUACACCGACUCACUGGGGAGUGUCGGCAGGAAAGUCGUAAGGUCAGCGACAAGUCCAAGGCAGCAUUUGAGAUGAUUCUUGAUCUGAGAGGUUCCGACAAGACCUUCAUCGAUCUUCAUGAUUUCUUCCCCCAUCUGAAGAACCCAGCGGCACAAGAGCACAGGAUUCGUUAUAAUAUCAUUCGAAGGUACAGAUCAUUCAACCAGGAUCACCUCGCUGCAUUCAAAGGAUUGACUAGAGUUCCAAAUGGUCUUUACUUCGUCAACGGAUGUCCCGGCGCAGGGAAGACUGAGUGGAACAUGGUCGUCUCUGCUCUUCUUCAGUCCAAAAGACGCCCUGGCGCUAAAAGAAGAAGUCCGAUCCUGUUCUUAGUUGAUUUGAACAAAACGGUGGACGACGCAGCUGACCGUUACUACAAGUUGUGCAAAGAAGCCAAGUUGGACUUGCGCAUUGUUCGAAUGCAUGGCUGGCCGUAUGAAAUCAGGAACAGCUCAAAGUUGAACACCGGCGGCUCUGGUCAGAAUGGCAAUGACGACCAACAAGGAACAGAUUUUACAAAGAAAUUUCUUGCUACGAUGAAUAUCAACAAGACCGUCCAGAUUGGACGCAAUCCCAACAAGGCACCGACGUUGGACGAAGCCGCUUGGGAGUACUAUGAAAAGCACAAAGACGGUGGCUUUCUAGCACUGAAGCGAGUUCUAACGAGAAUGGAGGCUGGCGAAGUCUUGGACCAUGACAACUGGAAGACACUAAGGAUGCAAGUCACAAAGCUCUACACCGCAUAUCUGAAGCAGACGGAUUUCGUUGCUACGACGCCUGUAGCUGUGUACGGUAGCUUCACAAAGUAUUUCAAACCGGACAUCAUCUUUGUCGAUGAAGCUCCCCACGCAAGGGAGCUAACCACCCUGAUCCCUAUCGCUUAUUUUGAGCCCAUUGCCUGGAUUUUCACUGGAGAUGUCAACCAAACCCGCCCUUUUGUAAAGAGCGGCGAUGUCCGCGAUACUAUUAAGAAAGGCUUGGAGUUCAACCCAUACGCUGACCAGAUGCGUCUUAGUCUGAUGGCCAGAGCAGAGAAGGUCGGAGCUAUCAACAGCAGGUUGUUGAUAAAUAAGCGUGCGUACGGUAACUUGCAGAAGUUGCCAUCGACACUCUUCUACCAUGGGCGUAUGGUCUCUGGUUAUCCAGCAACUAAACAAUUCCCCACAACAGUCAAGUACUUGCGCACGUAUCUUGAAAACCUUGGGGGCGGUACAAAGCUUAGUGAGAAUCGAGCGGUUGUUUCUCUUACAACGAGUAAAGAGGAAACGCAUUGCCGCAGUUUCUGGAAUCCCGCCAACCAUCACUGGGUCAUGGAACAAGCAAGAAAACUCCUUCAAGACCCUGACUUCCGAGACGUCACAAACAUCGAGCAGCCUGGGCGAGUAAUGAUACAGACUCCUUACAGCGUUGCCAUGCGGCAAUACGCUCAUGCGGUUAAGCAGUGGCCGCUUGAAUAUCAGAACAGGGUCGAGGUCUUAACUGUGGACAAAGCCCAGGGUAACCAGGCCGACAUGGUUUUUCUUGACAUGGUACGAACGACCAGACCCGGGUUCAUGGAUGAGGCUCAUCGUAUGAACGUUGCCAUCACUCGAGCACGACAAGCCGAGGUGAUUCUGAUGCACUCGGGGAUGACCUUCCGCCUUGCUGGCGGUCAGCGUGUCCCGACGGACUAUACAUCCAAGGUAUGGAACGAUGCAUACAACGACAGCCGUUUGUUUGUGCUAUAG